UUUGUCACACUUCCGGUUUGGAUUCCGCUCUGCCUCGUCUCUCGUUACUCUGUGUGUGUGAGAGUGUGUGUGUGUGGAUCAUGGGUCGACUGGAUGGGAAAGUGAUCGUGUUGUCUGCGGCUGCGCAGGGAAUCGGUCGAGCUGCUGCUCUGGCUUUUGCUAAAGAAGGAGCUCUGGUCAUUGCUACAGACAUCAAUGAAGAGAAACUGAAAGAACUGGAUGGAACUCCAGGAAUCAAGACGAAGAAACUGGAUGUGACUAAAAAGGAUGAAGUUGAAGCUCUUGCUGCAGAGCUGGAGAGAGUCGACGUGCUGUUUAAUAUAGCGGGUUUUGUUCAUCAUGGUACGAUCCUGGACUGCAGUGAGUCAGACUGGGACUUCACCAUGAACCUGAACGUAUGCAGCAUGUACCUGAUGAUCAGAUCUUUCCUGCCCAAGAUGUUGGCUCACAGAUCAGGGAACAUCAUUAACAUGGCAUCUGUGGCGUCAAGCAUCAAAGGUGUAGUGAACAGGUGUGUGUACAGCACAUCUAAAGCUGCAGUGAUCGGACUCACCAAGUCGGUAGCUGCGGAUUUUCUCGAGCAGGGGAUUCGCUGUAACUGCAUCUGCCCAGGAACUGUAGACACUCCAUCACUCAGAGAGCGAAUCCAGGCCAGACCCGAUCCUGAGCAGGCGUUUAAGGACUUCAUGGCGAGGCAGAGGAUCGGCAGGAUGUGCACUGCAGAGGAAGUGGCGCAUCUGUGUGUGUAUCUCGCCUCUGAUGAGUCGGGUUACGUGACCGGAGCUGAACACGUCAUCGAUGGUGGAUGGAGUCUGUGAGGAUGGAGUCUGAGGACGGAGUGUGUGAGGAUGGAGACUGAGGACGGCGUGUGUGAGGACAGGGUGUGUGAGGAUGGAGACUGAGGACGGAGUGUGUGAGGGCGGAGUGUGUGAGAAUAGUGUGUGUGAGGAUGGAGUGUGUGAGGACGGAGACUGAGGAUGGAGUGUGUGAGAUGUACAGCAUUAUAAAGGGAAAUAAAAACUAAUAAUAAAUUACAGGUUCAUGUCACUGCAGUGAUUUAAAACUCUACAUUGUUUUCUUUUAAAUGAGAUGAAAUCAUUAAUAACCUAAAAACAAACAGACUAAAAUAAAACAUUAAUGAUUAUAGUCUAGUUUUGAGAUUCUUUUAUUUAACAUUUAUUCUGUAUUUGAAUGAAAAAGUGACAAUAAUUAUUCUUUAUCACUCCAAAGGAAUCAAAAUAACAUCUAAUGUGGGCAUUUUGUGUCUAAUAAACUGUAAAGAUUUA